AUGUCUCUUGUUUAUAAUGAAGUAUCUAGACUUAAUUUGCACAGUGAAGAUAAAACAGCGCUCCGUAUCAUUUUUACUAAUAAUCCAAAAAUAAAAGAAGAGGUAAACAUGGUUCUUAUGUCAAUUGAAAAUGAUAAUGAAAAGAUAAGUUAUUUGAAAUUAACUAUCAAGCGCAAGAAAGUCCGUCCAUGGAAUGAAACUGAAGAAGAUCUAGGAAAGUUUUGGAGUUUUUUAGUGAAUGCUAAAAUUGAUAAUAAUUUCCUUCAGCUACCAGAAGGCGUCUACUUCUUGGGUGAGAAAGAGCAAGGCGCUAUUUUAUAUAUCCGUGAAUGUUACCUCCACUUAGUUGAUAUUAUCUUUAAUGGGAAAAUACGUCGUUGUCGUAUUACUG